AAGUAAACAAAAUCAAUACGACUUUUAGAAAAGCUUUACACUUUACUCUUUUUUUUCUAUAUAAACUAAACUUAAAGAGAACUAAAGAACAUUGAACCACAAAAAAACAAUCAAAACCAAACUCUUUUCGAUGAGUAAUCAGAUCCCGACUCUAAACUUCGACCAUCUCGAAGUUUUCUCAGCCCUUGGUCGUGGAUCCAAAGGUGUUGUGUUCCUCGUAAAAGCCGAUAACGAAAAGCUUGCUUUAAAAGUCAUACUAAGAGAAACAAUCGAGACAAACAAGGCCAAAGAUGAUGAGUAUAAACGCGUUAGUUUCGAACAAGGAGUGUUGUCUCGAUUCGACCAUCCUCUGUUUCCACGUCUUCAUGGUGUUUUAUCUACUGACAAAGUUGUCGGUUACGCGAUCGAUUACUGUCCUGGAAGAGAUCUCAAUUCUUUAAGGAAGAAACAGUCUGAAGAAAUGUUUUCAGACGAGAUUAUAAAGUUUUACGCGGCCGAGCUUGUGAUUGCACUUGAGUAUUUGCAUAAUCAAGGGAUUGUGUAUAGAGACUUGAAGCCUGAUAACGUUAUGGUUCAAGAAAAUGGUCAUUUGAUGCUUGUUGAUUUCGAUCUUUCCACGAAUCUACCUCCAAGAACUCCGCAAUCGCCGAGGCUUUCGACGACGAGGACGACGAAAAAAGAACGGUCCUUUUUCGCGUUUUCGGGUUUUUGUAACUCCGGGAUCUCCCCGGACGACUCGGUUUCGAGAUCGUCCGAGUCGUCGGGGGAGAAGUCGAAUUCGUUCGUUGGAACUGAGGAAUAUGUUGCUCCGGAGGUAAUCACCGGGAACGGCCACGACUUCGCCGUGGAUUGGUGGUCGUUAGGAGUGGUUUUGUAUGAGAUGUUGUACGGAGCGACGCCGUUUAGGGGAUCUAACAGGAAAGAGACGUUUUUUAAGAUAUUAACUGAACCGCCGAGUUUGGUCGGAGAAAGGACAACGUUAAGAGACUUGGUAAGAAAACUGUUGGAGAAAGAUUCUAGCCGUAGGAUCAAUGUGGAAGGAAUCAAGGGACACGAUUUCUUUAGAGGGUUGGAUUGGGAUAUGGUGGUUAAGGUUUCACGACCACCGUAUAUUCCGGCGCCGGAAAAUUAUGAGGUUUCCAAAAUCGACGUGGAGAAAUUCGUACGUGAAAUAUUUACUGAUAAUAGUAAUAUCAAAACUAAUGAUAGGAUUAGUAAUGGUAAUUUUAAUGUCUUUUAGUUUUAACUUUAUUUUAUAGAUUUGUAGAAAUAUAUUUAUGUUGAUCAUUGUUUAAGGCUACUAAAUUCCCAACUAGCCACUUACAAAAAAUGCCAUUUUCCAAUGCAAAUCUCACAAUAUGUCAUUUUUCUAAAA